AUCACGGUGUUUUGGAUGGAUUUUCCAUCAUAAAAACAAUUUGGCUCUCUUGCUCCAACAUAACCGACGUCGUCGGUGCAGUUCCGCACGCAAUAUCGAAACCUUUAACGCCCUUCCAAAAUGUUGCCGUAUUCACAAAGCUAUUUGCCCAAUUUCCUUCCACAACAAUAAACCAGAUGCCAAAAAUGGACCCGGCCAACAUUUUCCACCCAGACCAUCCUCAAACUAAGGGCAACUUAUUGGGGAAAAGACACCCCGUAAAUGCUGUCAUGUCUGUAAAAAUAGUAAAAGAUGCAGCAAAACGAAGUGGAACGCUAUUCACGGCUGUCGUAAUGGCCGGGCUGACGGGUGGGAUAAGAAAUUAUUUAAUGUCCAAGAAGCUCGAUGUACCUCAAAGUAUUGAUGCCACCAUUCCACUUCCUUGGCCUGGCCAUCACAUACUCAAGCUUAAAAAUCAUUUCACAUUUGCCACAUUUGAACUUGCAACUGGGAUAUCGGACAAUGAACGCCGACUGCAGGACCUCAAUGACCAGUUUGUACGACUGAAGCAAUCCUCCGUUCCAGCGUACAACUACGUCAUCACGUUUCUUGCUGGAAUGCUGCCAAAUCCAGCCAUGAGUUUCGUCCUGGAAGGGGCGCCGACAAGUAUUCUUUUGUCCACUAUUCCUGGCCCGAAUCGUCCACUCGACAUAUUUGACCAUCCACUUACGCAGUCACCAACGUUUGAAGGUGGUUAUGGCAAAGGGCCGGUGGGGAUGGGGGUGGCAUUUCUGAGCUGUGGUGAAAGCCUGAGCAUCACUGUUAGUCCGGAUGAAGGGGUAAUUCCUUCGUUAGAGGAUGCAAAGAAAUUGUUGGAGUGUAUUAUUAGUGAAAUUCAGUUGAUACAUGAUUCCUCGGUUGUAUGAUAAAGUAUAAUAAGCUUUUUAUAAAGAUGUGAAUAAAAUGUUUGUGAAACGAAAUAUUAUUCCCAUGAAAAAAAUUGUGGUGUGUGUGGUAUUGCUACAAAGUGUAAUCUGGAAUCGUGCACAGCUAACGACCUGAUUUGCAUGCAACAAUCAUUCCUCCUCGAGAUAUGGACACGACUGCAUACACUUCAUUUACACUAUUUUCAAGUAAUUUAUAUUUUUAAUGAUAAAAACAAUGGAGAAAGUUCACAAUUUUGAGAUGAGGCAAGAUGAGACGAGUCUCGAUGGAGAAAGUUUUCCAAAAAUAUGUAUUAUUGGAGCGGGAUUUUCGGGACUCUGUGCAGCAGCUCAAAUACAAAGAAAGCUAAAAACCAUUAAUUUUACCGUGUACGAGAUGAACAAGGAUGUCGGAGGUGCGUGGUACUCAAAUACUUAUCCAGGCUGUGCCUGCGACAUUCAAAGUCAUUUGUACAGCUUCUCUUUUGCACAGAAACCAGAUUGGUCAAAAGAGUUUGCAUCUCAACCAGAGAUUUUAGAAUAUAUGAAAACCGUCGCGAGAAAGUUUGACAUUUACAAAUAUACCAAGUUCAACCACCAAGUAAAUCAGCUCAAGUGGGAAGAAAGUGAAAGAAAAUGGAAAGUCAGCGUUACUGAUCUGACCAACGAUAUCACCACCGAAAUCUAUUACGACAUUGUAAUAAAUGGCAGUGGUGAACUACGACAACCACAAAUUCCGGAAGAGUUUAAAUCUUUCGAAGGUCCUCUGGUCCACUCUGCACAAUGGGAUGCUGAUCUUAAACUUGAGGGGAAAACGGUAGCCGUUGUGGGCAGUGGGGCCACUGCAAUUCAAUUGAUCCCAUCCAUUGUUGGGAAAGUGGGGAAGCUUUUGUGCUACCAGCGACAACCCGCUUGGGUCAUCCCUUCAUUUCAAUCAAGAUUUACAAAUUUUACAAAGUGGUCAUUCGCCACUUUCCCAGGACUUCAGUCUACAUACAGGAAGACGCUGUUUUUGCUGAAUGAAGUCAUGUUCCCAGUAUUCAUGUAUAGCACAACUUUAAGCAAGAUUGGAAACGUAAUCGCUACAGGAUUGGGAAACUAUCAUGUCAACAAUUUGAUUAAAAAUCACCCCGACAUACGACCACAACUAGUUCCUAGUUACAGAUUUGGAUGUAAACGGGUCGGAAUUUCCAAUAAGUAUUAUCGAGCGCUGGAUAAGCCUAAUGUCAAAGUAAUUUCGAACCAAAUUCAGGAAAUUGGUGGUAACUUUAUACGGACGCUGGAUGGCGAAGAUGAGAUUGAUAUUUUGAUCCUUGCCACUGGUUUUCGAGUACAUGAUUAUUUCGCUCCGAUGGAAAUCAUCGGAAAGGAUGGCGAAAACAUUUUGGAAAAAUGGAAGAACGAUGGCCCAACAGGAUAUUUGGGAAUUACGAGCAAUUCCAUGCCAAAUUUAUUCACACUACUCGGUCCAGGCAGCGAUGUGAAUCACAACUCUGGAAUAUUUCAAAUUGAAUGCCAAGUAAACUGGAUGAUUAAAGUGAUUCGAGAAAUGCAGUCUAGAAACGCAAAUUAUUUCGCAGUUAAGAAAAAUGUCGAGAUUGACUACAUGAACGCCAUGAAGAACGCCAUGAUGAAAACGGUUUAUGGAAAUUUCAAGUGCGGUUCUUGGUUUGCAGAUGAUGCGAAAGGUAUUAUCACUGCGUUGUAUCCCAAAAGUUCAAUUUCGUAUUGGAACAAUACAAGGAAAAUUUGUGUAAACGAUUUUGAUUUUAAUUGAACACUUUGUGUUAUACAAUUAAUUUAACUAGAUUGUUUUAGCUAAUAAAGAGGCAAAUAUCUAGAAAUAGGUAAUUACAAAAAGAAUAAAUUCUCCACGUAACGUUUGAACUGAACAAAUAAAUAUUUCCAUAAAUAGUUUGGUACA